AUGAAUAUGUCAAAAUUUAAGAAUACAUACGAGAUCGGUCGUCGCCUCGUCUAUCAAGGCCCGCGCCAGACAGUGGGAAACCAGGCUGUCAUGUGCGAAAAAUUGGCUACUGGAAAAUUUGAAAUAAAUAGGGAAAACAGACACCCCAGGAGGAGGAAGAGUGGGAGGGAGAGCAAAAAGAACUCAGACAGCACAGCAAAAAAUACACAGAUGCUCAAUAUUCUGCAGCUGAACAUCUGUGGAAUAAGAAAUAAGAAACUUGAACUUGCCAAACUGCUAAACAACCACAGGGUACACGUGGCUGCCCUACAAGAAACCCUGCAUAAAGACUCUGAUCUGCAUCUCACUGGAUAUACUAGUUAUGCCUGUAAGUGCAAUGACUGCCGGGGCAUAGUGACCUAUAUCAGAAAUGACAUACAAGGAGAUGUAACAAUGCUGUCGACAUCUCACCCUACAGAUGUGCAAAAAAUAACUAUCUGGCACAAUGGAAGCAAAUACACGAUAUACAACGUGUACAGCCCACCCCAGACAACAUGCAACAUACCAGAACUAUACAAGACACAGUACCAUAAAACCCUUCUUGUUGGUGACUUCAACGGACACUCGCCACGUUGGGGUUACCCUGACUACAAUAGCACAGGGAAGUACAUCGAAGAUACUUGUGAAACAACUAACCUAUUAGUGCUGCAGGACACAGAGUCUACACCUACACUGUUACACAGGGCCCACCUAUCUCUCAGCAGACCAGACCUGACCAUCUGCUCAUCCGACUUAGCAGACGCAAGCUAUCCCCAAGUCCUGGACGACAUAGGAAGUGACCACAAACCUAUACUCACAACUGUAAGCACCACCCCUAAAUUACGCUUCAAGCAGAGAACUCGUUGGAAUUUCCGAAAAGCAAACUGGAAACUAUUUCAGGAAACAUCUGACUGCCUCCUGGGAAGAAUUGACAACAGCUGUGUGGAAACUUUUUGUGAAGACAUAACACAAGCAAUCCUGAAUGCAGCGUCGAAAGCCAUCCCAAGGGGCAGCCGGAAGGCAUAUAAACCUUUUUGGAAUCAAGAAAUUCAAAAUACUAUAUCUGAAAGGAAUAAAGCAAGAAUAUUUCUCGAAACUGCACGUUCAACAGAAGCAAAGAUCCAAUACAAUAAAGCAUGUGCCAGAGUAAAGCUUGUAGUUAAUAAGGCUAAAAGAGAUAAAUGGACAGAAACUUGCUCCAACUUAGACCUUAGACAGAAUGGAAAUAAAGCAUGGACUUUAGUUAAAAACCUCUCCGGAGAAAGUAGAAGGGUGAACCCAAAACCAGUGACAGAUGGGAGUAAGACAAUCACUGAAGACAAGAAGAAAGCAGAACAUUUCAAUCAUUAUUUUGCCUCGGUUAACAGAGCAGGUAAGCUGUCAGAACUCGAUAGAACACAGCUCUCUCAGUUGAAGAAACAAGAGAGAGAAACCAAACAGUCCGACCCAAUCGCUCUUAUGAACUCAUCACUAAAGACUGUUGAUUCUUACCCCCAAGAAUGGAUACAUGUCUAUACUGAUGGAUCAGCAUUUAAAGCUACCAUUAAAGCAGGUUACGGAAUCUACAUAGGUUAUCCCGAUGGAUCUGUUGAAGAGAUUUUUGAUGCAUGCGGGGAAUUCUGUUCAAACUAUGAAGCUGAAAUAAUUGCACUGGAAACAGCCGUAUACCACCUAAAGACUGUAAUGGAUGUUUACCCCUCAAAGGUCCAAAAUAUUGUCAUCUUCACAGAUUCAAUGUCUGCCCUUCAAGCUCUGGAGGGCAAUGAACGCUGCAGAACUGACAUAGCCAAGAUAAUCCUGGAUGCCGAUCAGCUUAUUACCUCAUACAACAUCAGAAUAGUGAUGCAGUGGAUUCCAGGUCACUCCGGCACACCAGGUAAUGACAGAGCUGACAGAUUGGCAAAGAAAGGAGCAACACAAGAACAACCACCUACAGCGACAACCCUCCAGACAGCAAAAACACUGAUAAGAGCUAUAAACAAAGAGACUUGGUUGAACAGAUGGGCCAUGGGAGACACUGGAAGAGAGGUUUAUAGACAUAUGUCUGGCCCUGAUCCUAAUGACAGCAUUAACCAUCUAACAAGAAGGGACCAGGCCACCAUCUUCAGACUUAGAACGCAACAUACUCCACUCAAUGGACACCUAAACAGAAUACAGCCACAACACUCCCCAGAGUGCCAGCUAUGUAACUACCCCUACGAAACUGUUGAACACCAUCUCUUUGAGUGCCCAAAACUCAGUGAGACAAGAAGAACGCUACUCCCUCCGAGACCAGACAAGUGGAACACCUUGUACGGAGGAAAAGAACAGCUUGUGAAAACAUGCAAAUUCCACUACAUGGCAUUGGGCCAAAGGGCGAAAGCUCAUGCGCCGCUGGAUCGAUAA